AACUUGUACCAGAACAGGUUUCUCGUACUCAGACUUGCAGCCAUGGCCUCCCCGUCUCAUUCGUCCCAGAACCGCCGGCGCUGUAAGGACCCGAUCCGCCACAGCUACAAUCCCGAACAAUUCCGCAACGUCAACUUCCAGAAUGGGGUGCCGGAGGACGUGGCGGCCAUGCACCGCUCGACCAGCGACACAGACCUGGUGACAUCACACAGCCGAUCCACGCUUACCGUCAGCACCUCGCUCUACGCCAUUGGACAGACCCAGGACAUCCUCAUCUGCUGGGACAUCAAGGAGGAGGUGGACGCUGGGGACUGGAUCGGCAUGUACCUCAUUGGUGAGCACUACCAUAACGUUUAGGAUAACAUUUUUACUAUUUAAUUUUGCCAUUGAUUUUCAUAGAAGGGACCAAAGUAAUAAUUAGUAGAUGAUAGAGGCAGAUAGAGAAGGUGAGAUAUAGAACAGUUUAUUUCCAAUCUUGUGAAGCUGUUACACAUCGGGUAGAUCAAGGACAGGAACAAGAUUGUGUUAUUUCAAGUCUAUUUGAAAGGUACUGUAUGUAGAGUACAUGGAGAGCUAUGUGAUGAUUCAGGUCAAGUCUGCUCUCCCUUAAAUUUUAAGGUAAUCUAAAGGUGUUGUAGUUUUCUGAUAAGGUGCUCAGACUCAUAUCCACAGGUAACUGACAAUGCUUGUGUGAUAAUGUAGUGUGACUUUGGGCUCGAUUCAAUCCAUACCGCCGAAGUUCAGGGCUAUAGCGCGCUUGAAAUUUUAAAGAAGAUUUUCAGAUUGAGCCGACAUAUGCAGCGUUUACUAUGAAUGCAGUCUCUGCGAAUGCGGGAACAAUGCCUUUAAACUUAAAUCGUGCUAUAGUGCUGAACUUCAGCGAUACUGAUUGAAUCGAGCCUUAAGUCUCACACCUUUCCUCUCUCUCUUUCCUCUCUCUCAGAAGAGGUGUCGUCUGAGAACUUUCUAGACUACAAGAGCCGCGGAGUGAAUGGUUCCCACAAGGGCCAGAUAGUGUGGAAGAUUGAGGGCAACUCCUAUUUUGUGGAGCGUGAGUGCAUUUCUGGAAAUACAUCCAAAAUCACCUACAUUAUAGUAUGCUACUUCUCCCACACACUGAGAGAGCUGUUUUAUAACGGAUGUAGCAUCUAGUGCUCAGAACAGGACACUGCUUUGUCAGUGCAUAUUGUACAGUUGAAGUCAGAAGUUUACAUACACUUAGGUUAGAGUCAUUAAAACUUGUUUUUCAACCACUCCACAAAUUUCUUGUUAACAAGCUAUAGUUUUGGCAAGUCGGUUAGGACAUCUACUUUGUGCAUGACACAAGUAAUUUUUCCAACAAUUGUUUACAGACAGAUUAUUUCACUUAUAAUUCACUGUAUCACAAUUCCAGUGGGUCAGAAGUUUACAUACACUAAGUUGACUGUGCCUUUAAACAGCUUGGAAAAUUCCAGAAAAUGAUGUCAUGGCUUUAGAAGCUUCUGAUAUGCUAAUUUACAUCAUUUGAGUCAAUUGGAGGAGUACCUUUGGAUGUAUUUCAAGGCCUACCUUCAAACUCAGUGCCUCUUUGCUUGACAUCAUGGGAAAAUCAAAAGAAAUCAGCCAAGACCUCAGAAAAAAUGUUAGACCUCCAAAAGUCUGGUUCAUCCUUGGCAGCAAUUUCCAAAUGCCUGAAGGUACCACAUUCAUCUGUACAAACAAUGGUACGCAAGUAUAAACACCAUGGGACCACGCAGCCGUGAUACCACUCAGGAAGGAGACGCGUUCUGUCUCCUAGAGAUGAACAUACUUACAUGUUAGUCAUUUAGCAGAUGCUCUUAUCCAGAGCAACCUACAGUUAGUGAGUGCAUACAUUAUUAUUUUUUAUUUUUCAUAUUGGCCCCCCAUGGGAAUUGAACACACUACAUCCCUGCCGGCCAUUCCCUCCCCUACCCUGGAUGACGCUGGGCCAAUUGUGCGCCGCCCCAUGGGUCUCCCGGUCGCGGCCGGCUAUGACAGAGCCUGGAUUCAAACCAGGAUCUCUAGUGACACAGCUAGCACUGCGAUGCAGUGCCUUAGACCACUGCGCCACUUUCACACUUAGGUGCAAAAAGUGCAAAUCAAUCCCAGAACAACAGCAAAGGACCUUGUGAAGAUGCUGGAGGAAACAGGUACAAAAGUAUCUAUAUCCACAGUAAAACAACGACAUAACCUGAAAGGCAGCUCAGCAAGGAAGAAGCCACUGCUCCAAAACCGCCAUAAAAAAGCCAGACUACGGUUUGCAACUGCACAUGGGGACAUAGAUUGUAUUUUUUGGAGAAAUGUCCUCUGGUCUGAUUAAACAAAAAUAGAACUGUUUGGCCAUAAUGACAAUCGUUAUGUUUGGAGGAAAAAGGGGAACGCUUGCAAGCCGAAGAACACCAUCCCAACCGUGGGGUGGCAGCAUCAUGCUGUGGGGGUGCUUUGCUGCAGGAGGGACUGGUGCACUUCACAAAAUAGAUGGCAUCAUGAGGAAGGAAAAUUAUGUGGAUAUAUUGAAGCGACAUCUCAAGACAUCAGUCAGGAAGUUAAAGCUUGGUCGCAAAUGGGUCUUCCAAAUGGACAAUGACCCCAAGCAUACUUCCAAAGUUGUGGCAAAAUGGCUUAAGGACAACAAAGUCAAGGUAUUGGAAUGGCCAUCACAAAGCCCUGACCUCAAUCCUAUAGAAGAUUUGUGGGCAGAACUGAAAAAGCGUGUGCGAGCAAGGAGGCCUACAAACCUGACUCAGUUACACCAGCUCUGUCAGGAGGAAUAGGUCAAAAUUCACCCAAUAUAUUAUGGGAAGCUUGUGGAAGGCUACCCGAAACGUUUGACCCAAGUUAAACAAUUUAAAGGCAAUGCUACCAAAUACUAAUUGAGUGUAUGUAAACUUCUGACCCACUGGGAAUGUGAUGAAAUAAAUAAAAGGUUAAAUAAAUCAUUCUCUCUACUAUUAUUCUGACAUUUCACAUUCUUAAAAUAAAGUGGUGAUCCUAACUGACCUAAGACAGGGAAUACUUACUAGGAUUAAAUGUCAGGAAUUGUGAAAAACUGAGUUUAAAUGUAUUUGGCUAAGGUGUAUGUAAACUUCCAGUUUCAACUGUGUAUCUUUACAUAACACUGAAACAAUCUCAUAUCCAUUUUGUUUCUCAUAACAGUUGUGCCCAUAAAUUUUUGUGUCAAUGCAAAUCUUUCUUGACAAUGCAUAUCUUUAGACUUCCGUACUGUAAGUAUCAGGAUUUCCCAGUACAAAUCACAAAUCCUUCUUACAUUUACAUUUACAUUUUAGUCAUUUAGCAGACGCUCUUAUCCAGAGCGACUUACAGUUAGUGAAUACAUAUUUUUAUUUUUAUUUUUUAUACUGGCCCCCCGUGGGAAAUGAACCCACGCCAUGCUCUAUCAACUGAGCUACAUCCCUGCCGGCCAUUCCCUCCCCUACCCUGGACGACGCUGGGCCAAUUGUGCGCCGCCCAUGAGUCUCCCGGUCGCGGCCGGCUGCGACAGAGCCUGGAUUCGAACCAGGAUCUCUAGUGGCACAGUUAGCACUGCGAUGCAGUGCCUUAGACCACUGCGCCACUCACUCUUACCCUGCACUGAUUAAAGCAAGUCUAUUAGGCAAGAGAUUCCCAGAAAUAAAAUCAUUUACACAGCCAAAUGAUCCCAUUAGUUCUACUAGACUAGAGAACCCACACUGACUGUACAGUACAGUAGGCCCUGGUGAGGACAGCUCUGCUUAGACACAAGGGAAGUGGAACUAUGAGUAACUAACUACCAUAGUGCUAUCUUCUUCACAUCUGGUCCUGCUAAUGUAAUGCUUUGUCAGCUGUGAGUGAUUUUGUUAUUUAGCUAGCAAUGCUUAUUUUUUAUUUACCUACAGUAAGACUCGUGCCUCAAAGAGGUCCUCCCACCUCAUUAGUACGGACAGCUCAUUCGCUAGAAUCAGUUAUCAAUCAAUAUUUUCUCCAAUACCGCUAGCUGGUGCCUGGUGCCUCCCUAUAGGACAGUCCGUGGUGUUUAUUCCAAAGCAUCUCUAUUUAGCUACCACAGUAGAUUAGCAGCUUGGAUAGAAGCCACUGAGAUUCUUAUCACUCUGUGUAAUGAAAGUGAUAGUAUUAUCUGUCUACUCCUAAUAACCCUGCAGCUGAGGACAGUCUGCUCUCUUUCUCCCCCAGUUUAUUGGCAUGCUGCUCAGAAUAGCUUUCUAAAGGCGUCAGCAUGCUUCAGUUUGGCUGGCGGCUAGCUGAAGUCAGCUAGGCAAACCGAACGAGUGUGCUCGCAUACUCCCUUAAAAGACCUUCCCUUGAAAAACUCGCCAAUAGUACUGUUUGUCCAUUUUGAGACGCCAUAGACAGUAUAAACUUAUUCAAAAUAGUCAGAAUUAACCUAAGAUAACUCAAGAAACCUAUCACUAAUUUUGAUGUUUUUGCCGAGGAGAUCUUAGUCGCGCAAUUUUACAUCUAACUAAAAUGUGUGGUGCAGUAUUUCUCAAUGAAAUGUUUUACAAGAAAACGAGUUGUCUCUCAUUGAAUGACAACAAAUACUUUAUUGAAGAAUCCUUGUUGACCAAUCACUGACAAAAGGGAGUAUACUUCGGCUACCGACUUCGGCUUGCCUCCAGAAAGGUUUGUGUGCCCGAACAGCCGAAAAAACCCUCACCGAAGUCCAAAACUAACAAAAACGCCACAAAAUGUCGUCAUAAUAUAUGCACAAACUGUUUCGGCUGGGAAGCAUGCGGACGCCUUUAGGCCAUGCUGGUGUGGCUCUCGCCUGUUUUUGUAAGCUGUCCAUCUGUGAAUAAAGGUGCCAAUAAACUGAGAAAUCAUGUAUAAAAUAAACAGUAGGUCAUGCUAUAAAGAUAGGACAAUCUCUCUUCUGUUCUUAAUUUCUGUUCUCGCUCUUCUGUCCUCUGUCCUCUGUACUCUGUCCUCUCUCUUCUGUCAUCUGUCUCUUCUUUCCUCUCAGCGGAGACUAAGAUCUGUUUUAAAUACUACCAUGGUGUGAGCGGGGCCCUGCGAGCCACUACCCCCAGUUUGACAGUGAAGAACCCCUCAGUUCCG